AGUGGCUUCACCUCUAGAACCUUGAUCUUGGGUCUCAUCCUUGGUACUGUAACUGCAACUCGAAUUCCAACUUCAUAUCUGCCGACAUUCAACUUCCUCCAUCUUCUACAUCCUCGACACGGCCUUUGAUCUGAAAAUAUCAACAUACAAGUUUCUACCGCCGUGGCCCACACUCGCCAACUCCGAGAGUGAGAGCAACCACCAUGUUCAACCAAAACUUCUCCUUUGGCUCUGCGCCAUCCCCGCCUCUAUCAGACCCCGACGUCCACGACUGUACUUCUGCAGACAUCUCACCUUUUACUUCAAGACCAUGUUCACCACUUUCUCGAUCCCGCGCCACCCAACGAGAUACCAGAUUCGACGCAUACCGAUCGUCUGAAGCAGCACCUCGCCGCCCCUCAGUCACCGCAAUCACGGCACAGUUACAAUCCCAGGCACUCAAUGACGUUGUAAUGGAUUCUCCCCCAUUGAGUCCCGAUGAAUUCCCUUCCUCAUCUUCCUCAUCCGACACAGACCCCGACGAGGGCUUCUACGAUGGACCCGAAACCCCCGACACCCCUCUCUCCGACGACGCCUUUGCCGUCCACGAAUUCGACCCUACCCUCUGGGACUUGAGCAUGUCAGACACCAUGGUUGCCACGUCCUCUCCACGACCUUCAUUAUCACUCGAAGCCCAGGCUCUGUCAUCUUAUACCAUGCGACGGCGUCAACGGCAAGCCCUUGUUCGACUACAAUGCCUCGCCACUCGAACACCAGAUCUAGCCAUGCUGAUUGAAGAAUGCCACCCCAGCUCAUUACCAUACGAGAGUGAAAUCUUGAGGGCUUACUGUUCCAAAGACAGAAGCGCCAGUGUCUGCAGCCAGUCUGCAACCUCCAGCAUUCCCAGUGGAAGAGUCGACAAGGAACGCAACAGCUCUCUGGUUUCAGUUAGGAAAACUCCUCGCAUGAGAAAGAGGUUAUCUACAACAGGGUCUACGCGAUGACAAGCACCUAUCCGAUCUGUUCGCAGGAGUCGGCCGACCGUCUGUCCAUUUUGUGCGUAUCUGCCUACAGUUCUAUACCCAUCAAGUACUCUGCUAUUCUUCAGCACGCAAUAAAACCAUGUGACUGUCUCAUCUUUUGGGAAUUCUGUUCAAUUCCUUAAUCCUUCCAACAUUCCCAUAGCCAAAGCCCAGCCCAAGGC